AUGCAUACUACGAUCAAACAGACUGAUUUACAGAAUUCCAACUACGAGGACGACAUUAAGUAUACCGUGCAGGUGCACAAAUUUAUUAUGGGCGUGAUCGGUGUGUGGCCGAAUAUGAGCAAACCCGGAAAAUGGACGAAACUUUUCAGAGGAUUCCUCAGAAUUAUGUGCUGCUUCCUACUGUCUUUUAAUCUGAUACCGUGGGUGUUAUAUAUGUUUCUGAUUUUGGACUCAUUUAAAAGCCGACUCAAGAUGGUUGGAGGAUUCUUCUUCUACAGCAUGGUUCCUGCCAUGUAUUUCACACUAAUGUUACGCGAAGAUCGUAUCAAGAAAUGUAUGAGGCAUUUGCAGGAAGAUUGGCGGAAUGUAUUAGACGCGAACGAUCGUAAAAUUAUGUUGGACCAGGCCAAAGCCGGGCGUUCUAUCAUCAUCUGCACUAUGCUAUUCAUGUUUAGCAGCGGUUUCAUUCAUCGUCUGAUUAAACCAAUACUUAGUGGUACGAUCGUAAUCGGAAACGUGACGAUCAGACCGCUAGUGCACAACAAUUACUACAUUUUCUUCGAUCCGCAGCAGAGCCCCGCUUACGAGAUCAUAUUUUCGAUGCAUAUGAUAACUGGCGUCAUCAUACACACCAUAUCAACCAGCGUCUGCGGCAUCACCGCGUUAUUCGUCAUGCAUGCUUGCGGACAACUCAAAAUAUUAACCGUUUGGCUGGAGAACGUGGCGAAAGAAAAUCAGUGGUCGGAACACGUCAUUGCUCGAAAAUUAGCAGCGAUUGUCAUGCAUCACAUGAGGAUACGUAAGUAA